AUGAUACAGGGACUUAGUACAAGUUCAAAUGAUAAUAAAGUUGAUGUUAAUAUUUCAGAUACACUUUGUAGUGAAGUUCCAUAUCAAUAUAAGAUGUUUGCUCUUUAUUUUACAAAAUUGGGGAGAGAAUAUUUAGAAGGAAUUUAUAAUAAGGAUCUUCUUUUAGAUUAUAUUUGUCAUGAGCUUAUUAAAUCAAAGUUAGAUAUGAAUUUAUUUCAAGAAGGAGUCAUUAAGAAAAUAAAUUCAGAUAAAGAUAAAGUACAUGUUGGAGGUUUAAUAUAUCUCUCAUCUACUCUUUCUACUUUGGAAACUAAUAGUAUUAUUCCAACUGAUAAGGAUCUUCUUAGAAGAGAUAUUUCAUAUUUUGGUGUUUGUAAAGAAUGUAAUAUAUAUGAUUUUUAUUUAGCGUUAUAUAUGCUUAAAAGUGUUGAAGAUAAUCAAGAUAUUCUUAAAAUUUUAACAUUGGAUAGUAUUUGUAAAUUAUUUUCAAAAUCUCAUGGAUUUUUCAAUAGAAUUAGUACUAUUAGAGAUAUGAUUCGAAAAUCACAACUUUUUGAUGAUAGUUCAUUUAAUGAUAUUUGUUCUAGUAUUGAAGAUGGACUUAAAAGUGGUAUGGAAAUAUUAUUAAAGAUUUAUCCUCAAAUUUAUUUACUUUCUAUGGCAAAGGAUUAUCUCACAAAUUAUGGUAAUAUAAAGGAGGAAGGUAUACCUUUACAAUUGAUAUUGGGUAUAACUGAAGAAAAACCUGAGAGAAUUACUUCUAAAAAAAGAGAUAUUGGUAGUAAAUUUCCUAUUCCUGGAAUCCCUGGUCCUCCAAUAGGUCCUACUGGGAAACCAUCACAUUUUUCUAUGAGUCCUUCGAUUUCUGGAUUAACUAGAACAGAAAUAGUAGAUUUAACUUCACAAAAUACAAUAGGUAGACCUUGGGAUUUACCAGAUAAGUUUAAAGGACGUAAAUUUGAAAAAAGUCUUAAAGAACUUUAUGGAUCUAGAGGAUAUGAAUCACAAUUUUUUUAUGAAUCUGGAAAAAAACCACCUGUAAAAAUAAUUUAUUAUGAAAAACCUUCUGAGCGUGAAUAUAAAUAUCAACAAUUUAUAAAAAAGUUGAAAGAGGAAAAUAAGAAACAACGAGAGAAACAAAAAGAGAAAUUAUUAAAAUCUAGUGGUUAUAAAGAUUUGAAAUUAACUUUUGAUAAUGUAGAAGAGGAUAUAUCAGAAACAGAACCUUCUCCUAUUCCAAUUCCUGAAAAGGAAAAAGAGUCUCUAGUAUUUGAUAAGAAAUUUCAUGCUCCUGCUAAUAAAUUAAAAUCAAAUAUUCGUAAUUUUAAUCGUAAAUAUUCUCGAAAUUUAAUUGGUAAGGAUUAUUUUAAACCACAAGUACCAUUUGAAGAAGAUUCUUCAAUAAAUAUUGAAGAAGCAACAAUUGGACUUCCUGAUGAAGAGUAUUCUGAAAAAAGUCCUCAAAAAUCAUCUGAAGGAAUAAAAUUUAAUGAAAGUUUAAUAGAGGAGAUUAUAACAAAUAAAGAAAGUUCGACCCCAUUGACCAUAGAGAAAGCUACUAAGGAUGUUAACUUAAAAUGUAGUGAGCUAACACGAUCUCAGAGAAAAAGAGCUCUUGGAUUAUUUAAUCUAUUAAUGUUUUUAAAUGGAGGUAACUCUCUUGGAUGGUUUAUUACUCCAUUUUGUAGGGCAGUUUAUUUUGCUGAAAGUGGAAUAAUUUCUGGUUCUAAGGUUAAACUAGAUAUUAAAAAAGUAGCAUCUAGUUGUUUUUCAGUCCUUCAAAAUACAAAAUUUAUUUUAGGAGACCCAAUUCUUGAGAAAACAGCUCAACAAGUUUGUUUUGUUUAUUACAAGAAGAAGGUAUCAGCUAUUAUUCAGGAAUAUUCUACAGGAAUUACAUUAUCACAGGAACCUUCUUCAAAUAUCCCUACUUCUAAGUUGGAUUAA